AUGCAACACACCACACAAAAAUCAUUAUCUUUUGUUUUACACCCAGCUGCUAGACUAGCGACCAUGGUGCUUUUCUCUCGACCCUCUCAAUGGCUGUAUGUUAGAGGGAGCUGCCAUGAGCUGGGACACACCUGGCAUCCCUCAUGCAUGUACAGCUGCUGUGAAAUGUUCAUGUUUGUCUUCCUGGAAGCUCUCAAGGUCUACAUACCUCUCUACUUGCUGUCCAAUAUAACACGCCUGAGGGACUUGAGAUGGGUGCUGAUGAGUCUGCUACCAAACAUCCUCAGAUCCUCUCUCUUCUUGGGGGCCAAUGGCGGAGGCUUUGUGGGAUUCAUCUGCCUCAACAGGCAUGUUCUUGGUGGGUUUUAUAAGUACACAGCAGCAUUUGUUCCAGCCUUCUUGGCCUCUCUCUGCACCAUCUUCAUAGAGAGAAAGAACAGACGCAGACUGCUUCUAGGCUACAUGUCAACAAUGGCAGCGGAGGCUGUGUACUCUGUACUCAAGGCUAAGGGGAAGAUCAAUGGUGUUCCAUACGGAGAGGUGAUGAUAUUUUCUCUGGCAUCAGCUGUACUUUUGCACAGACAAUGUACAAGUAAGGUCAUUCCAACAGAUACAGUAGGCUCUGUAAUAAGUGGACUUCUCCGUCCCUCUCUACCAUCUCCUAUGAAGCUUCCUUUCAGUGGAAUGGCGGCAAACUUACUCUGGGUUGGGCUGUGGGGAUUCAGCUGUGGGUACCUGAUUCGUUUCCUACUCUCUCUGCUCACAUACUGGAGGAAGCUAGUCAAAAGCACAGCAAAUCUCAAAGAGUUGAUCUUGAAGAAGCAAAGCCUUAAAUUUGGGCUCUUUUUGGCUUCUUUUUCAACUUGGUUCAAGCUGUCUAACUGGCUGAUGAAGGUGUUAGCAGUUCCCCAAGACCUCAGGCUGAUUAUUUCAGGUCUUAUUGCUGGUCUAUCAAUGGUGUUUGUACGAAGUCCUGUCAUUUCCUUGUACGCUGGCUGGAAAGCAUUGGAGGUGCUGUAUUUCAAAGCUGUCGAAAAGGGCUAUGCCAAAUCAUGGUACUAUGGUGACGCUGUGCUGUUCUCAAUCUCAACAGCAAUAGUUUUCCAUUCGUUGUUCUUUGAUGCCCACCAUCUUCGAGAGGCCUACUUCAAGUUUAUUGACCGUGUCACGAGGGGUCGAAUUCUACUAAUGAACUAUGAAGUAAUCGAUCAGUUUGGAACUAACGCAUCACUCAGACCAAUGCAGUUAUUACGAGAACAUUCAGCCAAAGAUAAAUAACAGUGUUUUUGUUAACUUUGUACAAAUUUAUAUACAACUGUAAUAAUUUUCUAACUGUC